AGUACCUAUACGGAACAGGCGUUCAUCGAUCGCACUCGCAUUGCGCCGCUCACAUCCCCCCAUUUCUCCAACUCCAACCCUCAAACCCAGUCAUUACCUUUUGCGACGACGCCGGGCACACCGUGGCAUGCUCUCCCAACGCUCGACUUACACAGAGGCCAAAGACAACCUUCCCAAGUGCCACAAAACGUGUGUAGCUGCGGAACCACGGGCAACUGGGCAAGCCCCAGCGCCAACACCGGCGCCAACGACCUGCCGUGUUCCUCGGCUGUUGAUAGGCGAUGGGCGGUGAUGGCGUGCCAUGUGUCCACGACCUUGGCCAUAUCAUCGUCAACGUGGAGCUUGCCACCCGGCGGCCUAGGUUCGGGGCCCCAUGUCCCUACCAUGUGAGAAGUUCCCCGUCGUCCCGCCCUUCUGGUCGCCAAGUUUGCCUCUAUGUAUCCGUAUCCGUAAUUGACGGGGUAAUUACAUGGGCUCACACGUCCCACAAGCCGAACGCUGAGGUCACGGCUCCUUCGGAUUGUACCAGACUCGGGUACGGAUAGAAGCCCGCGAGACCUGGGGGGUUCAAGUUCAAGAACACAAGCGUAGCGCCAUUGCUGGGCCCGCAUCGCAUCGCACCGUGUCGUGUCGUGUCUCGUCGUGUCGUGUCAUGCAUGAUAGGACCGACGGCUGGUUUUAUCUCAUCUUUCAACCCACCCCCCGGUAUGGAUUCCUCAAACCACGGACGACACAUCCCAACGCCGACUGCAACACAGGCUCUCUGGUCUGGAUUUUAAUUCUGUGACGACCUCGACAAGUCGUUACAAAUACCGACCCUCACCCUCGCGCAAUUGGUCCAUUUUUUAUUUUUUAUUUUGACCCCGAAGCUCCCACUGCUCUUCUUCCUCUCAACCAUCAGGUCGGCUAACAAGCCUGGGCCCAUACACCAACACUCCAGUUCCAGUGCCUUCUUCAUCGGACUACCAGCCACUCUCGCCAAGAAGACGUCUGGCCACUUGCCGCCUUGCACUGCCACGCUGUCUGCAAAUUGUAUAGAACCUCGACGAGCCCUCAACGGCCCCGGUGCUGCAGAAGGAAGAUCUGGCUGGCCCUCCGCAUUUCCCACGCCAAUGCCCUGGGAGCCUUGCUAAAUUCCAACCAACACAAUGCCUGUUCCGCUCGCCCUUGCGGUACCAGCUGCGGUCGCAGCUUAUUCCUACGUCAACGCUCGAAUUUCCUUGUGGUAUGACCGACAACUGCUCACCUGCGCCUUGCCCGCGACUCUCUCCGCGCUCUGGCGCGAACGAACCGACCAACUGAACCAGUUCUACGUCCUUGAGCGCGCCGCGCUCAACAAAUCUUCGGCCAAGCGCACAUUCAUUGUUUUCGAGGGCAAGAAAUACACCUAUCGGGAGACGUACGAUCAAGUCCUGAAAUAUGGCACUUGGCUCCGGGAACGCUUCGGCGUCAAGCCCAAGGACAUUGUUGCAAUGGACUUUCAGAACUCCGACGUCUUCGUCUUCUUGUGGUUUGGCCUCUGGUCCAUCGGCGCAAAGCCAGCCUUCAUUAACUAUAACUUGACCGGCAAACCGCUAGCCCACUGCGCCAAAGCAGCGAAGACGAAACUGAUGCUCAUUGACCCCAACGUUGUCGCCAACGUUGGUGACGAUGUGAGGACCGAGCUGGAUGAUGUGCAGUUUGUUGUGCUCGACGAUGCUGUGCACCGAGAAAUCGACGCCACUCACCCCAAGCGUGCGCCCGAUACAGAUCGAUCCGAAAGCCAGUACCAAAACCUGGCCAUCCUCAUAUACACGUCAGGGACGACGGGCAUGCCCAAGCCGGCUAUCGUGUCCUGGGCAAAGUGCAUUGUCGGAGCUGUAUUCACGUCGAGGUUCACCAGCAACUCCCCAAGCGAGGUUUUCUAUACCGCCAUGCCGCUGUAUCACAGCUCCGCCGCCCUGCUGGGCUUUCUCAACUCUCUCGAGGCGGGCGCCACCAUUUGCAUUGGACGAAAAUUCUCGACAAAACUCUUCUGGGAAGAGGUUCGCUCGUCCGGGGCCACCAUCAUCCAAUAUGUUGGCGAGACCUGCCGAUACCUUCUCGCCGCACCGCCUCAGGUUGACCCCAGCACGGGUGAGAACCUCGACGCGAAACACAAGGUACGGGUGGCCUUCGGCAAUGGACUUAGGCCGGACGUGUGGAACAAGUUCAAAGACAGGUUUGGCAUCGACUCCAUCGCCGAGUUCUAUGCUGCAACUGAGGGCUCCUUUGGGACCUGGAACCUGAGCCGCAACGACUUCGCCAAGGGCGCUGUUGGAAGAAACGGCAUGCUCUACAGCCUAGUGCUAGGCCUUGACGUUGCGUUGGCCCAGAUGGAUGAGAACAAUGAAGCGCCACUAAGAGACAAGAAGACGGGCUUGUGCAAGCCCGCCAAAUCCGGCGACCCAGGCGAACUCAUGUUCCGACUCUCUCCCAACGACCUAGACCGCCGCUUCCAAGGUUACUACGGUAAUCCUGAUGCUACAAAGGCCAAGAUCAUGCGGAACGUCUUCUCCAAGGGGGAUGCGUGGUUCAGGACAGGUGACGUGGUGCGGUGGGAUUGCGAAGGACGACUCUACUUCUCCGAUCGUAUAGGCGAUACCUUUCGCUGGAAGAGUGAGAACGUAUCGACGCAGGAGGUUGGCGAGGCGGUGGGCUCGCAUCCGUCGGUACAGGAAGCCAACGUGUACGGCGUGGAGGUGCCGAGCCAUGACGGUCGCGCGGGAUGCGCCGCUGUCGUCCUGCACGACCAGCCAUCGGAAGACGUUAUGAAGAGCAUUGCGCAGCACGUCAAGAACUCGUUGCCCAAGUACGCCCUGCCGAUCUUCCUGCGCGUCAUGCCCCCCGAAGCCAUGCAGACGACCGGUACGAAUAAGCAGCAAAAGCACGUCUUACGAGCACAAGGCGUCAACCCAGCAAGCACGAGCGUUGGGGUGGUCUACUGGCUGAAGAAUGACACAUAUGUGCCUUUCUUGCAGCGAGACUGGGAUGAGCUCAAUGGUGGACGAAUGAAGCUGUAAAAAAUACUUUCGGGAUCGAUUCACGCUAGCGAGAUACCAUUCUUACUUUAGUCCACAUACCUUAGAGAGCAUGGCCAACACUGGCUUAACGAAAAAGUACGUAUCUUAUGUUGA